CGUCUCUUUGCGCUUUGUUUGGAGAGUUUUCCGCGGAUCCUCCUCUCUCCCACUCCCGGACCAUGUGGCUCCCCGGCCUCCCGCUGCUGCUGUUGCUCCGGUUCUCCGGGGUCCCGCUGGUGGAGGGGAUCAACACGUGCCAGUCCAUCAACCUGGAGGCGCAGAAGUCGCGGCGCAUCGAGGCGGUCCGCGGGCAGAUCCUCAGCAAGCUGCGCAUCCGCAGCCCGCCGGACGACGAUGACGACGACCCGCCGCCCGGCUCCGUGCCCGCGGAGGUCAUGCUGCUCUAUAACAGCACGCGCGAGCUGCUGAAGGAGCGCGCGCGGCUCGCCGAGUCCGCGUGCGAGCGCGAGAGCAGCGAGGAGGACUAUUACGCCAAAGAGGUGCAGAGAAUCGACAUGCUGCCCCCCCGCACUGACUCAAACGCCGUGCAGCCAGCAGCACCCAGCCCUUACUACAGAGUCGUCCACUUCGACGUCAGCGAGGUGGACCUGAUCAACAGCACCCUGGUCAAGGCUGAGUUCAGGAUCUUCAGAGCCCCCAACCCACAGGCCGGGGCCUCGGAGCAGAGAGUGGAGCUCUUUCAGCUGCUGAGACCAGAGGAAGAGAGCACCUCCACUCAGCGCUACAUCGACUCCCGCACCGUUCAGCCCCGAGCCAAGGGGAUCUGGAUUUCUGUGGACGUCACAGAAACUGUUAAAGACUGGGUGUCAGAUCCAGAGAACAACCUUGGCCUGAAGCUGGGCGUCCACUGUCCCUGCUGCACCUUCGUCCCGUCCACCAACAACAUAGUUCCCAACAAAAGUGAGGAGCUGGAGGCGCUGUUUGCUGGUGUGGAUGAUGAGCGUCUCCGUCAGAUGAGAAAGCCAGGUCAGGUUAAAGGCCAAUCAGACUUCAGCACCAAGACGCCGCACCUCAUCCUCACCCUGCUGCCCAGUGACAGAGUGGACAACCCAGCCAGGAAGAACCGAAAGAAGAGGGCGGCCGCCACAGACACCACAACCUGCUCCCGAGGCUCGGAUCAGGGCUGCUGCCUGCGCUCGCUCUACAUCGACUUCAGGCGUGACCUCAACUGGAAGUGGAUCCACGAGCCAAAAGGGUACAAAGCCAAUUUCUGCGCCGGCAACUGUCCGUACCUCUGGAGUGUCAACAACCACUACAACAUGAUCCUGCCUUUGUACAACAAGCUGAACCCCGAGGCCUCAGCGACGCCCUGCUGUGUUCCUCAGGACCUGGAGCCCCUCACCAUCAUGUACUUCAUCGGCCGCACCCCUCGCGUUGAGCAGCUCUCCAAUAUGGUCGUCAAAUCCUGCAAGUGCCGCUGA